GGACAGACGCCGUUGAGCAUCACGAAGCCGCCGAGGGGGAGGGAUAAAUACAAUCCGUGAGUGGCCAAUUCAGCUGAGAUGAGAUGGAAAGCAUUUGGGAGACUAUGAUCAUCUCUUUGGUGGUGUCAUUAGGCUGGGACGAUCAAAUGUAGAGAGGCAAGCAGGGCUAACGAGGGUCCUGCAGAUUCAAAGUCGAAAUGUCCCCCAUCAACCUGGACCGCAUACAGUCAUGGAUCGACCAAGGCCGGAUCGAUACCUCGAAACCGAUCACAAUGAAGGAACUGAACAAGUCACGGUGUCUGCACGGUGUAAAGAGACAUGGCGUAAAGCUGCUUGGCCGGAACGCCGACCAGCUCACCUCCGCCAUCCAUAUCGUCGUCUCGCGCGCCUCCGCCACCGCCAUCGCCCGCAUCGAAGCCCUCGGCGGCUCCGUCACCACGCGCUUCUACAGCCCGACGUCGCUCAAGCGCGUGCUCAAGGGCGAGUCGCACCCGAUCAUCUCGCUGCAGGCCGACGCGGCGCUCAUCGAGCGCGGCGCCGCGUACAAAGCGCCGACGGGCCCGCCGACAGGCCUCAUCCCGCCCAGCGUCAUCGAGAGCCUCAAGGCCGCGCAGGCAGACCCAGACACCCCCGUUGAGGUCAGGCACGCGGCGCUACGCGCCGUCAUGGCACAGGUCAGCAAGCGCUACCCGUACCGCCUGCCCGACGCGACGGCGAGGAAGGACAUCGAGUACUACCGCGAUCCGGCGCACCGUGGGUACCUGAUGCACACGGUCAAGGACGGCGAUAGCCCGAGUUUGUUCUUCAAAAUGCCGGGUGAGGCGAAGGAUCGCAAGGGCCAGGCGGCGAGGAGGGCGGCGGCGAAGGCGAGCGCGGAAAACAGGCUGUUCUAGAUAGAGAAAGGGAGGGUGGAGGGGAGGUGUACGAUAUGUAGCAUAUCACGAUGGCUUGGGCACAUGUAGAUAUAGAUGUAGGAUUGGAUAUGUAUGUCAUGCCGUACUAUUCAGUGUAUAUCAAGCUUUCGUCGUCUUCAGGACAUGUGCGUGGAUUGCGCAAGAGGCAAGAAUGUAGUGUGUGGUGGCAGCAGGUGCAGAGUCAAGAUGCGGUGGGAUACAGUAAUAGAGAGAGGUUCGUUCAGAGCAAAGUGC